AUGCGCAUAUUGGAGCACUUCUUUCCAGAUCGCGAACUCAACCUAGUCUCGCUUAGGCAGAUUGCCCAAGACGUCGUCGAUGGAAGGCUUGUGGGGUCAGUGACAGAAGGUGAACCGAUGGCACCCAUCAGUGAGGAAACCACGCCGGAUGAAGGGGAAGAUGCUUUCCAGGACGAAAAGCCCGUGCUGGAUUCGGUGAACGAUCUUCAUGAGCCACUGGGGACCAUGAUGAGAGACUCCACAGGUCGAUAUCGAUACGUGGGUGCACACUCAGACAUCGCCUUCAACGCAGCUGUCUGUUCAAUGGGCAAAGAGGCAGAGAUGCGGAAAAAUCCCAACAUCAUCGGGCCUCCUAAGAUCGGCCUCUAUCCUCCGCCCCUACCAACCAUGUCAUCAACCGAUUCUGGAUCACCUGGCCGGUCGUUCUUCCUUCCACGCCGCGAGCUUUGCGAUUACUACAUCUCAAGAUUUCUUGAGGAUGUGCACUCUACACAUUGGUUCUAUUCGAUCGAACAAUUUCUGUAUCGCGUGGAGACCACCUACACGGGGAAAUCAGGAAAACUGAGUAAUUCAUGGAUGUGUUCACUGUACGCAAUUCUAGGACUAGGCGCCGCAAAUUAUGAAGAGCCAAGCGGACAGUCGCCGCUGCCAGCCGACUCCCCUGCUGCUUCCGACGAGAAGUCGUCGGAAGACUACAUUGCUCUCGCGAAAGAGCUAAUACCCGCAGUGUACGAUGAGGCGGAUAUCGACAGUAUCCGCGCGUUGGCUAUCAUGAGCAUUGCACUCGAAAACCUCUGUUCAAGAACAACCUCAUACCUCUACAUGGGCGCGAGCAUUCAGAUAUCCUAUUCGCUCGGACUCCACCGAGACUCGAUAAAUGGCUCUGGUGCCUCAAUGGAACUUGAACAGAAUCGCCGUAUAUGGUGGACUCUCUUCACGCUCGACCUGGAGAUUGCGUCGAGAGGCGGAAGCCCAACCAUGAUCGACGACCGGUACCUCCGAAUAACCACCCCUCUGCCGUCCGAGCAGGUCUUGUAUCCCGGUUUGCACACGCCACUCUCCUGGCUCAGCACCUCCGUCUCUCUCUGCCGCCUGAAACGCGAAAUCAUUCAAGCAGUCUACACAGAGCGCUUCAUGAACUCGCGCGCCAUAUCCUUCACCACCAUCUCCAAGCUGCUCCUCUCGCUCCAAGGCUGGCAGCAACUCAUGCCUCCACACCUCAAACAUGACGUGCCGGCGCCUCCAACGCACAAGCGCGCCGUCGCCGUCCUGCAUCUGCAGUACUGGAGCACCACCAUUCUCUUAUGUCGCCCGUUUCUCCUCUACCUCGUUUUGAGACACAGCACGCUUGAGCCCAGCAAAAAAGUUUGGUUCGAGCGCAUGGGAAAGGCGACCAUCGACGCCGCGCAAAAGAGCCUCGGCAUCCUGCAGCAGAUGGCGGCGGACAACACAAUCUCGAGCCUCACCGCCUUUGACAGCACAUGCCUCCUCCGCCUCGUCAUGGUGUUUAUCCUCGCAUUUGCGCACACGAAGCAGCCGCAGUACCGCGGGCACAUCGAGACGUCCAUCUCGCUUAUGAAGAGCCUCGAGCAGAUCGGCUUCAGCAAGAUGGUGGCGGAGGAGACGCCGAUGCGGCUCGCGGAUCUAGGCAUUCCCAUCGAGACGAAGGAAGGCAACACGAGUGUGUUAUUAGAUGAUGAUCUGAUCGCCCAGCUGUGGGGAAAUCUCGAUCCGAACUUCAUGACGCCUCUGCAGACGCAGCAAAGCUUGGACCUAGCGUUUGACGACUCGAACUAUUCGGAUCUGAAUUCCGAAAUCAUGCAGCUGACGAACCUGGACGAUUCGAUUGUCAUCGACGCGUCGCAGGUGUAUUCGAGUUUCGAUUUUCGUUGA